UUGGCCGAGGCUCAAGAGAGCGUGGCGUCGCAUUGCCGUUUUUGCUCAGAAUCGCGACUAAGGCUUUUUUUUUUUCUCCCUCUGAACGAUUAGGCUAUGGCUGCGAUAAAGGCCGUGAACUCCAAGGCUGAGGUGGCGCGGGCCCAGGCAGCUUUGGCCGUCAAUAUAUGCGCCGCCCGAGGGCUGCAGGAUGUGCUGCGGACCAACUUGGGUCCUAAAGGCACCAUGAAAAUGCUUGUUUCUGGUGCAGGUGACAUCAAACUCACCAAAGAUGGCAAUGUGCUGCUCCAUGAGAUGCAAAUUCAACAUCCAACAGCUUCCUUGAUAGCAAAAGUAGCAACAGCUCAGGAUGACGUCACAGGAGAUGGUACUACUUCAAAUGUUCUAAUUAUUGGAGAGUUAUUAAAACAAGCUGAUCUGUACAUUUCUGAGGGCCUGCACCCUAGAAUAAUAGUUGAAGGAUUUGAAGCUGCAAAGAUAAAAGCACUUGAAGUUUUGGAGGAAGUUAAAGUGACAAAGGAGAUGAAAAGAAAAAUCCUCUUAGAUGUAGCUAGAACAUCAUUACAAACCAAAGUUCAUGCUGAACUGGCUGAUGUGUUAACAGAGGCUGUGGUGGAUUCUGUUUUGGCUGUUAGAAGACCAGGUUACCCUAUUGAUCUCUUCAUGGUAGAAAUAAUGGAGAUGAAGCAUAAAUUAGGAACAGAUACAAAGUUGAUCCAAGGAUUAGUUUUGGAUCAUGGUGCCCGUCAUCCAGAUAUGAAGAAGCGAGUAGAAGAUGCAUUUAUCCUUAUUUGCAACGUUUCACUGGAAUAUGAAAAAACAGAGGUGAACUCUGGUUUCUUUUAUAAGACUGCAGAAGAGAAAGAGAAAUUGGUAAAAGCUGAAAGAAAAUUUAUUGAAGAUAGAGUACAAAAAAUAAUAGACCUGAAGGACAAAGUCUGUGCUCAGUCCAAUAAAGGAUUUGUCGUCAUUAAUCAAAAGGGAAUUGAUCCAUUUUCCUUAGAUACUCUUGCAAAACAUGGAAUAGUAGCUCUUCGCAGAGCAAAAAGAAGAAAUAUGGAAAGACUCUCUCUUGCUUGUGGUGGAAUGGCCGUGAAUUCUUUUGAAGAUCUCACUGUAGAUUGCUUGGGACAUGCUGGUCUUGUGUAUGAGUAUACAUUAGGUGAAGAAAAGUUCACUUUUAUCGAGGAGUGUGUUAACCCUCGCUCUGUUACCUUGUUGGUUAAAGGACCAAAUAAGCAUACUCUCACACAAGUCAAGGAUGCCAUAAGAGACGGACUUCGUGCUAUCAAAAAUGCCAUUGAAGAUGGUUGUAUGGUUCCUGGAGCUGGUGCAAUUGAAGUGGCAAUGGCUGAAGCUCUUGUUACAUACAAGAACAGUAUAAAAGGAAGAGCUCGUCUUGGAGUCCAAGCUUUUGCUGAUGCCUUACUCAUUAUUCCCAAGGUUCUUGCUCAGAAUGCUGGUUAUGACCCACAGGAAACACUAGUAAAAGUUCAGGCUGAGCAUGUCGAGUCAAAACAACUUGUGGGCAUAGAUUUGAAUACAGGUGAGCCAAUGGUAGCAGCAGAUGCAGGAGUUUGGGAUAAUUACUGUGUAAAAAAACAACUUCUUCACUCUUGUGGAGAUGGGGUUUCACUAUGUUGCCCAGGCUGGUCUGGAACUCCUGAGCUGGACCGAUCCUCCUGCCUUGGCCUCCCAAAGUGCUGAGAUUACAGGAGUAAUUGGGCAGUAUCUUUUAACUGAGACGGAGUUUCAUUCUUGUCGCCCAGGCUAGAGCGCAGUGGUGUGAUCUCAGCACUCUGCAACCUCCGCCUCUGGGAUUCAAGCAAUUCUCCUACCUCAGCCUCCUGAGUAGCUGGGAUUACAGGUGCAUGCCACCACGCCCAGCUAAUUUUUGUAUUUGUAGUAGAGAGGGGGUUUCACCAUGUUGGCCAGGCUGGUCUUGAACUCCUGACCUCAGGUGAUCCUCCCACCUCGGCCUCCCAAAAUGCUGGGAUUACAGGCAUGAGCCACCGUGACCAGCCAACUUUUCUCUUAGCCAAGAACACUCUUUCCCCACACUCUCACAGGGCUUACUCCCCCAACUCAACUUAGUUACCCUUUCUUUUUUAAAAAAACAGCUCCAUCUCCUGCCAUGUUCUGUAUCUUCUGCUUUAUUUUCUUUGGAACAGUCAUCACUAUUAAAUAAAAUGCUGGAUUUGUUCAUUGUUCAUCUCCCCCCAAAUCAGAUUGGAAGAUGCUCUCUGUUCCCAGUGGAUUUCUCCC